AAUUUAUGUACAUUUCUAUACAAAACAAACAAACAUUGGAUUCAAUAUUAAACAUCAAUUGAUUUUAUUAAACAAAAUAAUUGUUUAGAUUUGUUAUAACAUUGUUGUUGUCAUCACAUGUUUGGUCACUACUAUUCACUGGACGCCGGUUUGCGUCGUCUAUUGGCGGCCACUGUUUGCCGUCAUCACCAACAGUGCCGUCAAUACAUAACUGUCCGCAAGUGGCGUGCAAUGCAUAACAUGAGUCAGUCGACAUCACCGCUAAACGAGUUGCCCGACUGGUCGUACACUGACGGCCGCGGUUUUGGUCCGCUAACUGUUGGCCAAAAGAAGCGAUAUUUGCGCGACCAAGAGUUGGCCCGCAGUGUAAUCAAUCAUUGGAAAGAUAUGCAAACGGCUAAACAAUUGCUUCCCGACGGCGGCGACGGCGACAAUAGCAAGUGACCGGUCAUGAAACUGAUGGACACACAGACACACUAACACAUUGUUUCGGUAAUCAAUUGACCAGUCAUUACAGUAGAUGUUAUAUAUAAAUGAUAUAUUUG